ACUCUUAAAGCUAUGGUGUUUUGAUUUUUGCGAAGGCUAGAGGUUGAGGAAAGACUGAGCCAUCCAAUGCUUCAUUCAUGCAACUUGAUGCAGCGGUAGGGAGAGAUUAUGCGAGGAUGAUUUUGUUGAGUGUAAAUGUGAAAUCUGAUUAUCUCUGUGCUGGGAGGGGCAAGGAGAUAUGCUGAGGCCAUGGCUUUUUCACCGGGAGGGAUCUGGCGAGGGGAGCUCACAGUGACAUGAGCGAACAAGGCUGAUCUUGCUCUGCAACGGUGGUGCUGCAGCUGAGAGUCGAGGUUUCAUGGGAUGCACUAUAUAUGCAGCCAGCCCUGAGGCACCCCUGGAGGGUUCUGACCCAGCCAAACGCCCCAAUGAUUCCAGCACCAGGAGGCCACACACGCGACAGAGGCCGAGGAGCAUGACUGAGCAGCAGGAACAGAGCGAGGACGUUGGCCUCCUCACGCCUCCGGACCUGCCCGAGCCCCUGAAGGAAGAGGACACCCAAAACCCCCCGCAGUUCAGAGUGCAGCUUAUCGAUGACCUAUCAUAUGAGGAUGUGAAGAAAUGCUACCGCGGCUCUACCGUCAGCAAGUACAACUCCCAGUACCACAAGCUCUUCCAGACUGUCCCCAAGGAGGAGAUCCUUAUGAAAGUGUACUCUUGUGCUCUGCUACGAGAUAUCCUUCUUCAGGGCCGCCUUUACAUUUCCAGAAACUGGCUGUGUUUCUACGCCAACCUCUUUGGCAAGGACAUUAAGGUAGCCAUCCCAGUGGUGUCUGUACGACUGGUGAAGAAACACAAAACAGCAGGCCUGGUCCCCAACGGACUGGCCAUUACCACAGACACCAGUCAGAAGUAUGUGUUUGUGUCACUGCUGUCCAGGGAUAGUGUUUAUGAUGUAUUGAGGCGGAUUUGCACACACCUUCAGGUCAAUGGCAAGAAAAGUCUCAGUCUCAAGCAGUUUAUGGAGGAACCCAACUCCUUAUCUCUGGUGAGCCUUGGACUCCUUGCUUGUGUUCCCGUGGCUUCACUAUCUGACGAGUUCCCGGUCCCGGAUGAGUUCCCCGUAGCGGAGGAGUUCCCCCCAGUGCUGAAGUGGAGGCGGAAGCCGUCUGUGGCCUCGGUCUCCUCCUCGCUCCCAGACCUGCUGGGCAACUCGGCCAGCAGCCUCAGUGCCGUGGACACGCCUUUCCAGACAGAUGAGCCACUGGAGGAGAGCGGCCUGGAGACAGACAAGAUCUUGCUCACAGAACCGGUUCCGGAACUGGGCCAGAUGGAGUACCAGCUGCUGAAGUUUUUCAUCCUACUGAUCAUUCUUCUCAUCCUGUCCUCCUGUUACCUAGCCUUCCGUGUGUGCAGCCUUGAGCAGCAACUGUCGUUCCUCAACCACAACCCAGCCCUCACCCUAAGGGAAAGAUAACUCGGGGCUUGAGUUUGCCACUGGAAGGAAGAGCCUACCUGCACAGGCCCCUUGCUGUCUUUGAUCAUGUCAAGACUAUGCAAAAUACGGCCCUUUUAUUUAUUGAAGAUUUCCUGCAGUUUAGAGUGGAAUUAUACUCCAUCACUGUAGUUUGAUCAUUGUUUCACAGAAUAAGCUGGGAGAAAAAAAAAAACAGAAAAAGAGGCCCUUAGGUAAAUCAUUCUUCUGUUAUCUUUCAUUUUAUCCUUACACUGUUAAGCUGGAUUGGAUCGAACAGCCGUCUCUGCUGUGCCCAAAGAUGUUCCAUGAUGAUAAUAAUGCCAAUGGAACACUAAAGGGGUCUGAUCGAUCUCACACACACCUCUGGCUGCCUUUUAACAUAUACCGUAUGUAAUCCUUCCAUUUCAAAUCCUCUGGAGAUUCCGAGCAAUAAUAACGUCAUAAAGAUAUACAUAUCUAGAAACCAGCAAUCAUGACCUCUGUCAGACUCAUCUUGAACUGAGACAGUUGAUAAUCCGUGUAGUCACAGACAGUGUGAAGACUGGGCAACGAAACACUGGUCAACUAAUAGGAAACUGGAACUGCAUAGGAUGGUCAAUGAGAGAAAACGGAAACCUAGAUCCUUUGGGCUACCGUCAUCUGUGGUGGACACAAGAUGUGUUAUUGCACUGUAUAGAAACAAUUAUGUUAGUCCUCACAGUAGUGAAAAUACUUCAUGUUUAACGGCAAGGCUGAUGUAACAUGUAGUUAUUAUUACCACUACCAAGUCAGGUUGAGCUACCUGUGUGGAUAUCAUAGCUGAGUACAUCUAUCAUAGACAUUUCAUAGAGACAUAGCUGAGGUACAGCACUGGACUAAUCAGGGUUAAGAAUAGGAUGGAAUAGAAUAAUGAUGCUAAAAAUAUGUAUUUUGUUUUUUUAGAUGUAAUCUAGAAGUGGGCUGCACAUAAUCUUCUUGUUGUCCACCUCAGUGAGUUUGCACAGACAGGCUAGUUAUUAGACCAAGGCAUAAGGAGGUGUUAGCCCUAUUCUUUUGUUCCUGAUAUGCCAAGUUUAGAACUCCUGCCUGUCCUUAUAAUUUAUUUAAAUUAUACUCACCCACACACCGUGUAUUUCAACUGCCAAAUUAGAACCUCAAUAUGUUGGCAUAGCUUGGACCCCAUAAACAGAUUUCAGCUUUUUUUAUUUGUUUUGUGAGGCUUGUUAAGUUGUAUAUGUUGUUCCUAUAUUGCAUAUGCAAUGCAAAGAUGUCACAGAAAAAUCUACUGUAUAUUUCAAAAGAACUAUUGAUGACAUAGGAAAGGACCUGUUUUUUACAGAGUGCUUGGGCUGUUGUUAAGACAGAGUUUACGGUCCAGUCCUGGAAGGUGUAUGCGUGUUUGCACUGAAGUGAAUGUACACUGCUCAGUUUGAAACAAGAAUAAUGCAAAUAUCAAGUGCUGGAUCACAAACAUUUUCAGAAAUUUCACUGAAGUUAAACAUUUGAAGUUGGAAGAUACAUUUGAACAUUUCAGAAUUGUUUGCCUCAUAUUGAUGUCCCUGGUUGUUCUUGUAUCCCCUCCACUCUCUUUUUCUUUGCACACACAACACACAUCAGGAGCCUUGUAUGAACCUUGUCUCCGUGUCAAGUAUUAAAUAAGCAGUUCUACUGUAGGCUGUGGUUUUCUUUUCCGAUCUACUGUCGUACACACGUGUAACAUUUCAAUUGUACUAGUUCUUUCAACUACUCAUUAAAUGUUACUGACACAAUCUAAUAAAAGCCAUUUGAUCCAGAUACGUCUGGAAAAACAG